AUGAACGUUACCGGACCACACACCUAUGCUGUCGACUGCCCUGCGGUUUUCCUGACCCCCAACUGGGCCGCUCACAGUGAAGUUGCGGAUGUUAUCGAUUGCGGUGAUGUUUUCGAUGUCGCGCCCGCGUCAAGGGCCUUCUCGCUUUGUGCUCGCGUGCGACUGCCGCCAGAGGGCACGACCGAGGGUGGAUACAGGAUCCUCUCAAAGGGAGAGCUCCCACAGGGCUGGCGAUUCUCCGCUGGGCCAACGGUCAGCUUUGCCGUUGCUCUUCCUCCCGAGCCAGUGGAGGCAGAAGAAGCAAAGGAGGAUGCGGGCGAAGAAGAGUUUUCGACGCAAGCGCCUUUGCCAUCAGGACAAGCGGUUGGCAGCACUGCUUUGGCUGACGGGGAGUGGCACCACGUUGCGGUAGUUGUGCAAGAGUGCGGUGAAGUCUCUCUUUUCGUGGAUGGAUGCCUGGACAGCGCGCCCGUGGCUCUUCAGGUCAAGGCAGCGCCUGAUCAGCCACUCCUGCUUGGGCCACCUGAGUCAGCAGUCACCGCUGGAGUGGGGGUGAAGGAUGUGCAGGCGUGCGCGUUCGUCCUGACCCCUCAGCAAAUCCACGGGCUGGCAACAGGUAGCAAGGAUCUUGGAACUGGACUUUCCCUCUCUCUGAUGCCAGAGCAGGUCACCGAAUACCGGAGGCUCAAGGCGGAGGACAGCGAGGGCGGCGAGGGCGGGGAGGGCUCGGAAGCUGCGCGGGCACUGCUCACGGCUGCUGGCCUUGGUGAUCAUCUCGGCCGCGCGUUCCAGCAGGAGGUGGUGCUGGAUCUCUUUGAUGAUCUCAUGGCAUGUGCUGAGUCGAUGUGUCUGACGGCACGGAAGACCGCAGUGAUGGUCCGGAUACUGGAGCAGAUUUUGGAGAUGAUGCAUGUGAAGUCAAAGUCUGCCAAGCGCUUGGGAGAGACUUCGUCCAUUUACGAGUGCUUCCAGGAGUUCAAGAGGCUACUUCUUGCCCACUCCUUUGCUGCGACCACAUCUGCGAGGAAGUUGAUCGAUAGAAAUCAGAUUCCAGCUGAUUCCACCUUGGCACUGGGAGUUUUCACUCUUUCAGAGGUUCGACUGCUCACUGAGUUCCUGACAGGGGCCCUUUUUCAGCAGUUCCUCCUGUACCAGUGCGUGCUUGUGUCGCCGCAGGACCAGGUCACCAGCAUGGUGGAAGUGAUUGUUCCUCCGCCAACAGUGCCACCAAACCUGGCAACGGCAAAGAAAAAGCAGAAAGGCGCAAAGGGUGCCAGUGAAAAGGUUGGAAUCAGGGACAGCGGCACGGCAAAGAGGAAUUCGCUUCCGAGGCUCUCCAAGCAAUCUGGGCAGCCCGAGGCCGAAGAGGCCGAGGAGGCCGCCGCGAUCCCGGUGGAGGCAAAGCGAGGUCCAUCCUUGGAUGAGACGUUGGCUCAGCUGCCGCAGGAUCUUUCUGUCGAUGCUCACCAUGAAGAGGCCACAAAGGCUGCCGAGGUGACGGCGGACACAGCAAUCAAGCAGCACGACAAGGAGCUAAGCCCGCAAUGA